AUGGCGUCAUCCCAGUCCUCUCUGUCGUCUAUUCGCCCUCAGACCGGGCCAGACUCCGGGGACCAGAAGUCAUUGCCCCAGGUUGACACUUUGAUAUCAUAUUUGCUGGGAGCCAAACGCUCGCUGACAUCUAUCAACCAUGUCUGGCGAGCUAACGAAAUAGUUACUGCGUCACACUCCGCCCUGGAGCAGAGUGUCGUCGUGUGCUCGCGGACAGGCUUCUUACGGCGAGGUUUGAGUGGCCAGCUGCGGCUUUUAUAUGACAUCCGUACCGAGGUCGAACAAAUAUCAUACCGAGGUCGUGAUGGGUUCUCAGUGGCCCUCAAAAAGCUGGAUGAUGCUGAUGCUCGGCUCAAGACCACGUUAGAUCUGCUGCGUGGGACAAUCGUUCACGGUUCAUUCAGACCCGGUGAUGAAGAGCAGAAGACGUUGCAUGACUUUGUUGACGAGCGGGGCGUUGAGGAGCUCCACGCCUCUUUGAAAGCGUCUAUCGACCGCACUAACGCGGCGAGAGCCGAAUUGGACACGUCAAACCGUGAAUUUGAUGACGAACUGCAAGCUACCAGACAGUCGCUUCGUCACUACCACACCGCCACGAAGUUGGCGUCAUCCCGGGUGUCGAUCACAUCUUCCUCGUCUUCUACAUCAGAUUCCGGACUUUUCGCCCUGUCGUCCAUGCCGGGUCAGAUCCAAUCACUAGAGGCACAUGCUCAAGAGAUGGCUGUUUUGCUAGAGGCUCUUGUGAGACAUUUCGAUCUAUGUGUUACCGCGGUGAAGCACACAGAUGGUGGAGGCGCAGUUGCGCGGUCUAUCACCGGUGAUAUGCCCACCGGGGUAGAUGGGAGCAAUGAUGGGAUGCCAAAUAUCGGAGCAGAGAUCAACGCCAAUUUGAACGCCCCGCUUGACCCAAUGACAGACGCGGAAUACCAGGAGAUGGUGGCUGUUCUUAUCAAGGAUGCCCCAGAAGCGGAUGAUGUGGUCAUGGAAAUUCAAGAUCGGAUCAAUGAGAUGGAAUCCAUCUUCGAACAGGUGCAGGCCCAACGAGAUACGCUGCUGUUCAUCUCCAAGGCUACUAUAGAAGUUCACACCCACCUAUCAUCACUCGCCUCAACCCGUCUACCCCGUUACAUUUCCCAGGCACAUAAUUUCACCCGUGUUUGGCACGAGGAGAAUGACCGCAUCCAGUCUGGCCUUGCAGAACUCUCUGAUCUUCACUCCCUAUACGACGGUUUCCUCAAUGCUUAUGAUAGCCUCAUUCUCGAGGUAGCACGUCGGCGUCAUGUCCGCCAACGCGUGGAGAAAGUACUUCGAGACACCCGGCAGAAACUAGAUCAGCUUCAUGAUGAAGAUGCUGCUGCUCGUGAAACAUUCCGUGUCGAGCAAGGCGACUUCCUCCCUUCUGACAUAUGGCCUGGUGUUGGCCUAGCGCCAAUGCAGGUGCAAUUCUCCCGCCUCCCAGGGGGUCACCUAGAUGGUAAUCCUGACAAUGCAGCGGAGGAACCCGAUUCGCACGAGUACACACGGCUUGCCAAGGCGGGUGUCUCAGACAAUAGUGCCAAAGGAGAACAUAUUCCCGACCUACCAAGGGACCUCAUUGAGCAAGCUUACGCAAGGGUCAAAGCACGAAACAAGGCUGCCUCCGGAAUUCACCCGGCUUGA